AUGGGCCUGAACUACAGAGCCCCGCUGGUCCGCGAAGCGCAGGACGAGCACACGGCGACCGUCAUCUUCCUGCACGGCCUCGGCGACACCGGCGCGGGCUGGUUCGACGUCGGCCAGAUGCUGUCGCCCGCGCUCCCGCACGUCAAGUUCGUUUUCCCGAACGCCCCGGACCGGCCCAUCACGCUCAACAUGGGCAUGCGGAUGCCUGGCUGGUACGACAUCGCCGCGCUCGACGCCAUCGACGCGAAGGAGGACGCGGACGGCAUCAACGAGUCGGUGCGCUACGUCAAGGAGCUGGUGGCGGCGGAAAAGGUCCCCAGCGACCGCGUCGUCGUCGGGGGCUUCUCGCAGGGCGGCGCGAUCGCGCUUGGUAUGCUGCGCACGGACGUGCCGCUCGCGGGCGUGGCUGGGCUGUCGACGUACAUGCCGCUGCACACACAGCCGGGCGUGGUGGCGGCGACGCACAAGCAGACGCCGGUGUUCCAGGCGCACGGGGACGCGGACCAGGUCGUUGCGUUCUCGUUCGGGACGAACACGAAGGCGCUGCUGGAGAAGGAGGGCGUCGACGUGACGUGGCGCGUGUACAACGGGAUGCCGCACAGCGCGUGCCCCGAGGAGCUGCAGGACCUCGCGCAGUGGCUCGCGAAGACGCUGCCGCCGAAGUAG